AUUAAAAUUGUAAUUCACCAUGAGAAAAGAAAAAUUACGAGAAUUGGUUUUUAUGAAAUGAUGGAAUUAAGUUUGUUGCUGGGAUAUAAUAACAACACUGAGAGUGAUUUCUACUCCUCCCCCACCACCACCACCACCUACGCUCUCAUUUAAUUCAAUAAUCUCAUCAUUAAUUAAUGAUUUUGUGUGAUAAUCAUGAAAUGGUAUCGAUAUCUUUGUUAUCAAGUAGUGAACGGUAAUGACGACGUAAUUACGGGGUGUCGGCAAAAGUGUGAGUGAGUGUUUGAGUGAAUGAGCGAACCCAACGUGAAAAGAAAACAUGUACACUGGUGAUUAUAAAAGCUAUCAAACGGAUUAUAAUGAUUAUAAUACUAAUAUUACUAUUAAUAUUAAUAUUAUUACUUAUAAUAAUAGUGAUAAUACUAAUGUUUAUUGGAAUAUUAAACGCCUAUCGGAUACUACCACGAUUCCGAUCACGAAAUAGUCUGAAACGGCUAGACACAAGUCAUUGGAGAGCGCUUCAUCCGCCCUCCAGUUUAAAUAUUCUCGUUUACACAAGUUUACUUCUGUUAAUGUGCUUAAUCGCUUUCAAACUGACCAUGGGAAGUUGUCAUUAUUAUUACUACUACUACUAUUAUUAUUAUAAUCAUCGACAAUAUUAUGAUUAUGGCGAUCAUGCCGAUCACCAUGGUGACAAUAAACAGAAUGAAGAACAGCAACAGCAACAACAGCGACAACUCCAGUCAUUGGAUUAUUUAUUUUUAAUAGGGAUGACACAACUUAAAGAGAUUUUCUAUCAUAUUGGAGGAAUAUUUGAUCUUCUUGGGAAUUAUGAUCCAUUUUUUAUGAUACCAACUUGUCAAGGUUCAUCGUUAUUUGAAGAAUUAGUUAAUUUAUCACAGGUGAUUGAACGUAAAGAAAAACCACAAAUUAUUGAAGAACCAAAAUCAGCAACAACUAUUGUUGGUCAAUCUGUUCUAUUUGUCUGCCUUGUUGAUGGAAAUCCAGCGCCAAAAGUUCAUUGGAAGGUGUCUGGUACCUCAGUCUCUGAGUCAAGAUUAGGCAAAACAUUUCGUGCACCACGUGGUUCAGUCCUACGUGUAAAUAAUGCUCUACCAUCGCAUAAUGGUGCUAUUAUCACAUGUACAGCAACAAAUGCUCUUGGACAAGCUGAAAGUAGCGCCACACUGACAGUUUACUCAGAUGAAUCUGCUGCCCCACCUGGUUAUCCACGAUUUUUAAAUUCUUUCUCUGUGAUUGUUGCACGUAAAAAUGCUGAAGUCGAGCUGGAAUGUCGAGCGACUGGUGAACCUCCUCCAAUCAUCACAUGGUUUAAAGACAGUGUACCAAUCGAUUUGAAUAAUCCAAGAUAUAAGAAAUUAGAUGUUGGCAAUUUACGUAUACAAAAUUUAAUUGAAGAGGAUGAAGGGAAAUAUGAAUGUGAAGCAAAAAAUGAUAAAGGCACUCGUUUGUCGUCUGGUGACAAUCUACUUGUCCGCGAUAACGUUGAGGCCAGUUUACAGAUGCUAGCGCCUAGUACCAAAAGAUUUCGUCCUCAUUUCACUCAACUGCCUUCAUCUCGUCAGAUUGUACCGCCUGGUGGUCGUGUCACCCUUAGUUGUACUGCUGUCGGUGCACCUGUACCCACCGUCCAAUGGUACAAAGAUAAACAUCAACCCCUACAUCAAGAUCAGUUGAGUAAACAACCUCCAGGGACAGCAAAACUUCUACUAAAAGAUUUAUCAGAGUCGUUGAAUGUCACCUGUGUAGCCGAAUCAACAAUGGGAAGAAUUUAUCAUGAUAUACAAGUGAUUGUAAAAAAUCUACCUAAUCCUCCAGGUGAAUUUCAACUAAUGGAAUUGGGUGCUACACAUGCACGAAUCGCCCUGAAACCAAGCAGUAGCCCAUCGGAAUCUGUUAGAAAUUAUUUAAUCCUUUGGUUACCCACUAGUCAAUUCAAUAAUGAAACUUUAUAUGAAUUACCGAAUCAAGCAAAUCUACUGAUCAGUCAAUCUGUGGAUCAAACUGAACCUUUAAUAUCAUCUAAUCCUGAAGAUUUGAAUCUUAUAAUUCUACCAAAAUCACUGAAAAAUCUAACUGGCCCCUCACUCGUGGGGAAUAAUUACCACCAAGCCUCAAGUAUUCGUGAUGUUGACGCGAAUCAACAAAGUCUACUGUCAAGUCAACCGGCUGGAUCCAAUCUUCUACAGAAUGUCUUAAUUAUCUCACUGACUCAAUUGAAACCGUAUACCGAGUACACUGUAUGGGCAAGAUGUGUUGGUCAAGAUGGGGAUACAUCACUGCCAAGUGAAACAUUUUCAUUCACUACAAAGAAAUUGGUAAAUUUAUAA